GUUCGCUUGUGGCCGUUUCAUACUGAUGGACGCCACUCUCCUCGCCUCAAAAAUAGAACAUGUUGUAUUUUGCUCCACAACUUCAUUCACACGAAAAACGUAAGGACUCCAACGUUCACAAUAAGGAGAUAUGAUAGCAUAAUUUAUGUGUUCUAAAAAAAUAGGAUGGCAACAUCCACGCAGUGAUCUACACUUUCUAAUUUUGAAUAUGGUCAGUUCUUUUAGUAAAAAGGUUUCAUUGU